ACAUGCUAUAUUGGUGUUGUGCAACCUUACGCCUAUUUGGCGGAGGUGAUUAUCGAAUUAUCUCCCUUGUUAUAUGAAGAAAACAACUUGAAGAUCAGCCAGUGUUAUCAGAUCUACUAUCAAACAGUGAGCAUGUAUAGGAGCAAAAAACGUAGAAGGACUGCAGGGGGUGCCAGGCAGCCAACGGUCAGUCAACCUGAGGAGGCCACAACAGUGGAGCAACCGUUGGUGUCAGCUGGGAAUGCAAGGCCAGAGUCUGUCCAACCGGAGCCUAAUACAGAUGACAGUCAACAGACAAGUACUAUGGGUAUGACAAUACCAACACCUAUAGCAAGUGUCAAUGAUAACUUAGGAUUGCAUGUAGCAACUAAUGUUAAGCAAAAAAUUAUCAAUGGGGAAUAUAUUGAGCUUGCUCUCUUGUUGUCAAACUCCAUGGGGGUAUCUGAAAAUACUCAUAAAAUUUCCUUGAUUGAUGGGGAGUUGGUAGUGAAGCCCAAAACACAAACCCCAAAAAUAUUGGAUAUUAGUAAAUGGACUUAUGCAUUUAUAAUAUAUAUAAGUAUCUACACAUCUGUUCAUUCUGAACAACUGCAUGGGCUAUUGAAAUAUAUGCAGAUUGUUCGCCUUGGGGCACAAAGAUGCGGUGGUACUGACUGGUUAAAGUAUGACGAGCAGUACCGGCUUAGAAAGUCCCAUAAACCACACGAACCAUGGGGCAUUGUUGACAAUGAACUGUAUUUGAUAUAUAUGCAGCCACAAAAGCAGGCGUUGCCACAGACACAGAAUCAGAACUCACCAAAAUGCUUUGAUUUCAAUUACAAGGGCAGUUGUGCUCGGUCACAUUGUACUUACUCUCAUAAAUGCAUGAGAUGUAAUAGAGGGCAUGCCAGUCUCAAUUGCUUUAAGACAAACGUUAGCAAUGCCAAUUCCUUUCGGUCAAAACCAAACUCAUACACUCAGUCUAACCCAAAACAAAACAAGCAAGGGGGAUAUAGACAAGGGACACAAACAGGUAUGGACACUGGGAAAAACCCCAAUAAAAAUUCCAGCUCUUAAGCACUGGGUCACUAAAUAUCCAAACGUGUCUGUAGGGAAGCUUCUUCUCCAAGGAUUUAAAAGUGGUUUUAGACUUCAUUAUUUUGGCUCAAGAAUCCCAAGGGAAUCAAAAAAUUUAAAGUCAGCAUCAACCUUCCCAGUUCAGACAUUAAACAAAAUUAUGCAGGAAAUAGAAUUAGGGAGGGUGGCAGGCCCCUUUGAUAGCAAACCCAUGGCACAGUGGAAUAGUUCCCCCAUAGGAAUAGUUCCCAAAAAGGAUGGGAAGUGGCGCUUAAUAACACAUCUUUCAUGGCCAUUAGGGGAUAGCAUAAAUAGCAAUAUUGACCCUGAUAUGGUUUCAGUCCAAUACUCGUCAUUCGAUAAAGUUGUUCAGAUGAUAGCCGAGUUAGGCAAAGGUGCAUUACUGGGGAAGAUGGAUAUCAAGUCUGCCUUUCGCCUCCUUCCUAUACAUCCAGCUGAUUUUCCAUUGUUAGGUUUUAAAUUUCAAGACAAAUAUUUUGUAGACAAUUGUUUACCUAUGGGUUGCUCAGUGUCGUGUAGUUUAUUUGAGAAGUUUUCGUCUUUCAUUGAGUGGAUUGUCAGAGAGAAGUCUGGGGAACAAAGUUUAGAUCAUUAUUUAGAUGACUUCAUAUUUGCUGGGAAGGACAAAAAGGACACAUGUGCUAGGCUUAUGUCUGUUUUUCAAGAAACAUGUCAAGAGAUCGGAAUACCCAUUGCUGAGGAGAAGUCUGAGGGUCCAACUACAACUUUGAUAUUCUUAGGUCUUGAAAUUGACACAGUGGAAAUGACUAUUAGGGUCCCACAGGAAAAAGUUCAGGUGUUAAGGACAGAAAUUUUGAAAGUUUUAGGUGGGGGGAAAAAGGUAAAAAUACAGGAACUACAGUCUUUAGCAGGGAGAAUGUCAUUUUGUGCUAAUGCUAUACCAAUAGCUAGAGCCUUUAUCCGCCGCCUUUUUGAUGUUAUGUCAGGCAUACAAAAGCCCUACUACAGAGUUAGAAUAUCUCAAGAAAUUAGAGCUGAUCUAGAGAUGUGGUUACAAUUCUUAAGUCAAUUCAAUGGCAAAUGUUAUUUUUUGGAAAGGUCUUGGAGUAGUAAUGUGGAUUUAGGCCUAUAUACUGACAGCGCAGGAAACUGGGAGUUGGGUUGUGGUGCCUGUUGGGGCAGCAAUUGGAUUGUUUUCAAAUGGCCAAGGGAAUGGAAACAGAAGGCUAUCAUGAGAGACAUAACCUUUUUAGAAUUAGUACCUAUUGUAUUAGCAGUUGAAUCUUGGUCAUCAGAGUUCAGGUCGAGGAAAAUUAAUUUUCACAUAGACAAUGAUAGUUUAGUUACAAUCAUGAACAAGAAAACAUCUAAGUCACCCAGAGUUAUGUCCUUGUUAAGGCCACUGCUAGUUCACUGCAUGUAUAAUAGCAUACAAUUUAGGGCCACACAUGUACCUGGGGUGCAUAACUCGGCCGCUGACGCAUUGUCUCGUUUUCAGUUCACAAGUUUUCGAGAAUUGCGGCCUUGGGCAAACCACGAGCCAGCAAAGAUACCAGAAGGGUUCCUUUCAACACUCUUGACAGUGAGGUCAACCGAUUAAUUGCAUUAUCUGUUUCAAAAAAUACAAACGGGUCCUAUGCGGUGGCUCUGAGAAGUUUCCAAAAGUUUCAGGAGGAAUAUUCUUUAAACAUAUCCUGGCCCCCUCCCACACAACAAGUUAUGCAUUAUAUUGCUUUCAUGUCUCAAAAAGGUUACUCUUACUCCACAGUCAAAACUUAUCUUUCUGGUUUGAGUUUUAAAUGCAAGUUAGAAGGGCAUAGGGAUCCUAUGCAACAGUUUAUUAUCAACAAACUAGUAGAGGGAGUUAGGAGAAGUAGUGUUGGCGUUAGAGAUGCCAGAUUGCCUAUUACUGUUGAUCUGUUAGCAAGCAUUAUAUCGGUCUUGCCAAAAAUAUGCAGUUCCCAAUAUGAGGCUGCUUUGUUCAGUUGUGCCUAUUCAUUGGCAUUCUAUGGAUUUUUUCGGGUAGGAGAAAUUACUGUCAGUAGUAGGGACAUGGCUUACAGGGUAGUAACAGUUGCACAGGUAUCACUUCAGGGAAGUGCUGCUAAAGUACAUCUAUCUUCUUCAAAAACUGAUCAGUAUGGUGAAGGAACUUCUAUCAUUCUUCCAAGUAAUGGUAGCCAUUACUGUCCCGUCAGUAACCUUCGCAGGUAUCUGGCAAUUAGGCCGCAAGGGUCUGGUCCUUUACUCUGUCAUUUUGGGGGUGGAGCGUUGACAAGGUACCAGUUUUCUAGUGUCCUCACUAAAGCAUGCACUAGCUUGGGCCACAACAGUAGUUUUUACAAAUCCCAUUCAUUCAGAAUUGGGGCAACUACAUCGGCCUCCUUGUGUGGUAUGUCUACUGAAUGUAUUAUGGAAUGUGGUAGGUGGAAAUCCAGUGUUUACAAAAGAUACAUCAGAAUUCCAACCCAAAGAAUAAUUGUAAAGUAUUAAUACGCGUAUUAAGAUUUGUAGGUACCUCAGGGAAGGUCUGGAUUCUCGGGUCAUCAAUCAUUAAACACGCCUUUGUUCACAGUCGGGUUUGCCCAGGAGGGGUACAUCUUGGGCUGUGUCGCAUUGGAUUAACACUGUGGUGGCAGUUUAAAGGAGGUAUGGUCAUUUCAGACAUAAAAAGGAAAAUUCGUCACUUGAGGAAAUUUGAAACUGAUCAACCAGCAAUGCUGGUCAUACACUGUGGGGGUAAUGACAUAGGUAACACUGGGGUCGGGCACAUUAGAAUAAGAUUAAAGAAUAUCAUGGAUUUCCUGAUAUCCGAGUUUCCAGGGACAUUAUUGGUAUGGUCACAAAUACUACCCCGAAAGAAUUGGAGGGGGGCCACAAGUCCUUGCGCACUUGAAAAAGUCAGAAAGCGAUUGAACAGUGCAAUUUCUGGUCAUGUUUUAAAACAUGGUGGAGCUGUUGUACAUUAUCCAGACUUGAAGUUAGAGGACCAAUUUUUUCUGGAAGAUGGGGUACACCUGUCACCUCUGGGUAAUGACAUAUUUCUUAACACCCUACAAGGUGCUUUAGAAAGUUUUAAAACAACAAGCAACAGGUUCUUCCCCAUCAAGGACUAGUUCACACUUACAAGCAGCAUAGAACAAUUAUGACAUGUUAGGAGUUUGGUCACAGCCUUGUACCAGGAAAUGUGUCGCCUUCUCUUUUGUUUUCGUUUGGCUGUGAACGAGUUUCAUGUGGAUAACUCGUUCAUAUGGCAGAUUUCGCGGUACAAGCUUUUAUUGGUGAUUAUUGAGUUAUUGAUUGAUAUUGAUUGAUGUAUAUUGCGCAUAUGGAUGCGAAUCAGUUGAUAUCUGUUUCCCAGUAUCUACUGAUCAUUGUCAUCUGAUUGAUUUGUAGUCAGCUGAAAUCUGUUUCCCAGGAUCAGCGGAUUAAUUGAUUUGAAUUGUUGUUUAAUUGGUUGAAAUCUGUUUCCCAGGAUCAGCUGAUUAAUUGAUUUGAAUUGUUGUUUAAUUGGUUGAGAACUGUUUCCCAGAAUCAAUCAAUUAAUUUGUUUGAUUGAAAUUGAAAUUUAUUGAUGGCGUGCCAUUAUGGUCUAUUGACAGACCGGCCGCCAUAUCGUUGCAAUAAAGCUGUGACCAUAAAUCCAAAUUUAAAUUGUUUGUGAUAUGUGCAUCUAUUGAUAAUAGCACUUAUGGCAGUAUACCAUAUAGUGCCGUUAUCAGAGGGCACAUGCUAUAUUGGUGUUGUGCAACCUUAUGCCUAUUUGGCGGAGGUGAUUAUCGAAUUAUCUCCCUUGUUAUAUGAAGAAAACAACUUGAAGAUCAGCCAGUGUUAUCAGGCUAAGUUUAUCAAAAUUUACUUACUUAAAUACUUUAUUUCUUCACCCUCCCAUAAUCCCUCCCUUUAGGAUAGGAUCUGUUCUGCUGCUGUUUUUUCUUUUUGUUACAGCUGUGGUGUGAGAAGGCAGGAUAGUCACAGCUCCUGACCCCUUUUCAACAACUGAUUCACAGCUCGAAUUGGAAACUAUACCUUAGUGACCAGCAUUAUGACCAACUUCAAAUGACAGAUUCUUUGUUACAAACUUUCAAAAGUCAAUUGGACUUGUUCAGAUUUCAGAUUUCGCGGUACAAGCUUUUAUUGGUGAUUAUUGAGUUAUUGAUUGAUAUUGAUUGAUGUAUAUUGCGCAUAUGGAUGCGAAUCAGUUGAUAUCUGUUUCCCAGUAUCUACUGAUCAUUGUCAUCUGAUUGAUUUGUAGUCAGCUGAAAUCUGUUUCCCAGGAUCAGCGGAUUAAUUGAUUUGAAUUGUUGUUUAAUUGGUUGAAAUCUGUUUCCCAGGAUCAGCUGAUUAAUUGAUUUGAAUUGUUGUUUAAUUGGUUGAGAACUGUUUCCCAGAAUCAAUCAAUUAAUUUGUUUGAUUGAAAUUGAAAUUUAUUGAUGGCGUGCCAUUAUGGUCUAUUGACAGACCGGCCGCCAUAUCGUUGCAAUAAAGCUGUGACCAUAAAUCCAAA